UAUCCUUCUUUUUUCCCUUCAGAGAACGGCACAACCAAACGAGGGAGAACGGAAAACAAAUAAAGAAAGACAAAAAGGAAGGAAGAAAAUAGCUAUCUUUGAGGAAGCGAAUCAAUGGAGGAGUAUGAGAAGGCAACAACAGUAAUGUGUACAGUGAUAGGCAUGGACUACGCCAACAGUCUCUCUUACAGAGCCUGCUCACUCUGCGAGAGAACUCUUCCUGAUACUCUCAAUGCCCUUUGCAAAUUCUGCCACAACAAUACCGCCUCCUCCUCUUCCAAGCGCCUCUUUCGUGUCCUUGUUUCCAUAGCCACGGAUACCAAGGUGCUUAAUGUCAUGUGCUUUGAUAGGGCUGCUAGAGUCUUGUUUGGCUGCUCUGCUGAUGACUUCUUUCACUUUUCCAAGCUUCACCCUUUCGCUGCUUCCAAUGCUGCUAAAAUUUUGGAAGGAGAGAUGUUUAGAAUGACUUUGUCCAAACCAAAGAAUGGUAAUGCACAACACUUGCGAGCUGUCUCUAUUGUACCUUUGAGGUCUGGUUUCAAGCCAGCAAUUGAAUCAUUGAAGGAAUUCUAUGGGGUAAAACCAGCAACUUCUUGAUUCUUUUAUCCACUCAUCAUUGGAUUGACAAUGCCAUCUGUUUUGCUGUAAACAUUCCAGCCAAAUUUUCCUUAAAAGAGUAGUUUUUGGCAAGGAGGUCUUGUGGGUUGGAUACAUGGUUUAAAAUGAUAAUUUGUUUUGCUUCUGAGUUCUGUUUACGACAAUUGAGAAAUCAAAGGCACCGAGGCUCCUUUUUACUGAAGAAAAUAAUUGCUUAUUGUUAGUGGUAAAUUGGCUGCGGGGAGUAUGUAUAAGAGACACUACAGUCUUAAGCUAUGUAUUCCAGGACUUAAGCAUUCAAGGAUAUCUUUUUAGGGUAUCAAUUGUUUGAGUAAUAAACUGGGUAGAGCUCAGCCUAACUUACUUGAAAUCGUCAUUCUCUGGGAGAAGGGCCUGCCAAUCACUUAAGUGACAGACUAUAUUUCUCUUUACAUACAGUAAUGUUUAUAUU